UUUACGGUCAUACUAAUAGCAUCUUUUAAGAAAUUUUUUCCGUUUUGCAAAAAACUAUCAAAAUAAACCAUUUUUGCAAGACUUUUGAGUAAAAGUUGCUUAUUAAAUAGAAGUAAUACAUCAUGUCGGCCGAUGUGCGCGAUAUUCUGGACAUGGAGCGUGCCAACACGCCCGAGGUGACGAGGGAGUCCUUUCUGGCCACCAAGAAGCGGAACUUUGAGCGGACCAAGAAUGCAUCCCGUCGACCGGAGGGAAUGCAUAGGGAGGUGUUCGCCCUGCUCUACACAGACAAGAAAGAUGCUCCGCCCCUCCUGCCCACGGACACCGCUCUGGGAAUCGGAGCUGGCUAUAAACAGACGAAGGCCCGCCUGGGAAUGAAGAAGGUGCGCAAGUGGGAGUGGGCGCCCUUCUCGAAUCCAGCGCGCAACGAUUCAGCGGUUUUUCACCACUGGAAACGGGUGACCGACAAUUCCACCGACUAUCCGUUCGCCAAAUUCAACAAGCAGCUGGAGGUGCCCUCGUACACGAUGACGGAGUACAAUGCCCACUUGCGGAACAAUAUCAAUAACUGGAGCAAGGUGCAGACAGAUCACCUAUUCGACCUGGCCAGACGCUUCGAUCUUCGCUUCAUUGUAAUGGCAGAUCGCUGGAAUCGUCAGCAACAUGGUGCCAAAACGGUAGAGGAGCUCAAAGAACGUUACUAUGAGGUGAUAGCCCUGCUCGCUAAGGCCAAGAAUCAAACGAGUGAGAAGAAAGUAUUUGUUUAUGACGCCGAGCACGAACGGCGCCGCAAGGAGCAGCUGGAGAAGCUGUUCAAACGCACGACACAACAGGUAGAGGAGGAGCAAAUGCUUAUCAACGAGAUGAAGAAGAUCGAGGCGCGGAAAAAGGAACGCGAGCGCAAGACACAGGACCUGCAAAAGCUCAUUUCGCAAGCGGAUCCAAACGAGCACGCAUCGAAUACGCCCAGCACUCGAAAGUACGAGAAGAAGCUGCACAAAAAGAAGGUUCACCAGCAGCCGCGUCCCUCCAAGGUGGACUCGGUGGUGAAUGCCAUUGAGAUCGGUAGCAGCGGCAUUAAGUUCGCUGACCUGCGUGGUUCCGGCGUUUCUCUGCGCUCGCAAAAGAUGAAGCUGCCGGCAAAUAUCGGCCAGCGCAAGGUGAAGGCCCUCGAACAGGCCAUCCAGGAGUUUAAAGUUGAUCCCGCUCCGCCGCCCACGGAGGACAUUUGCACCUCCUUCAACGAGCUUCGUUCCGAUAUGGUGUUGCUCUGCGAGCUUCGCACCGCCCUGUCCACCUGCGUCUACGAAAUGGAGAGUCUCAAGCACCAAUACGAAGCCGCCUGUCCAGGCAAGACACUGAAUAUCCCGCCCUCACUGGUGCCCAUCAAGACCGAAGCCCUGGACAAUAGCACAAAUUAAUUAAGUUAACGCGGCCCGUUUCCACUCAGAUUCCCCAGACGCCGAAGUGUGUGCGGCGUGCUAAUCAUUGUAACCCGUUUUCCACUGUCCAUAUUUGUGCAUUUGCGCUACUCCCAGUCCGCAUGGGGAAAUAAAUGGAUAAACAAGAAAA